CAAGUCAUUAACGAACGAAGGCCUCAACAUGGAGGUUCUCUGCAAAAUUUUUGUGCUUUUUGCACUGUUAUUCAGCGCAACGACAUCUGAGCCCAUUCAAUCGAGCCUAUCAAAUGAGCUGUUCGAUGCCAUCGUUGGAGAUCUUCAAUUACCCCAAAUUGGUAUACUCAGUGAUUUGGAUCAGUGUACGGCCAAUUUUCAGGUCAGAAAUGUGGAGAUAUUAAUGAAUGCGGGCAACAAGCUGCGUCAGUGCGCCAAUUUGGAUCAAACCCAGUUGCAGAGCUAUUUGCAACAGCCGAGCUCCGAUGGAGUGAGGGCUGCCUUCCAGCAGCAGCUGGCCGGUUGCAGCACGCGUAAAUGCUAUACGGAUUCGGUCAUGAAUCUGUUUGUCGGUGUGCGUCCCAUGCUGAAGCAAUUCUGGCUGACGGAACGCUGUGUCAUGUAUGAAAUCAGCAGAACUCUGCAUGCACUCGAAAGGUCAUUCGGAGUCCUUGAAUAUUGCAUUGGAAGUGCUUUUGCACCCUCUUGGAACUCAAGCACC